UCACUUCUAUUAAGCAGUAGGCGGGAAAAAAAUUCUGAAAAAAAAUAAAAAACAGAAGAGGGAGAAACGGAAAAACUCUAUUCGAUCUCCGACCAUGAGAGCCGCCGGUCGCCGCCGCGCUACGGAAUCCUUGGCAUCGGACCGCCGUCCCCCACCACCCACACCUACCAACACUGCAGACCCAUGGCAAUACCUGUCCACCCCAGUCCCUGGCCGCGACUCCGACGCCAGUUUCUGCAGCAGCCGCCCCUCAAACGCCUCCAUCGGCCGCCCGUCAGCCGCUUUCCCCAACACCUCCGACAAAUCUUAUCAGCUUGCUUCUAUCAGAACCAUCAAUGCCUAUCUUGCCUCUCUCUCCCUCCCUUUCUCUCUCAAACCCCCUCUUCCCUCCGCCAAAGACAUCACUGAAACCCUCAAAUUCCUCCUCCAUCGCCUUGGCUUCUCAGCGCAGAAAUUAGAUGAAGACCUUGUCCUGAAAGUCUUGAAGGCCCUGAAAUGUCCCUUGAAAUUAAACAAAUCUGCACUCAAAGCCCCGGGUACCCCUCAUGCCUGGCCUAAUUUGCUUGCCGUCAUUCUCUGGGCUGUUCAGAUAGUUAAGUACAACGAUCAUUUGUUGAACUCCCCGUCGAGUUUUGAGGAUAAUAGCAUGUUCAAGUACACGGCAAAUAGUUACUUGAGUUACAUUAGGGGGGAUGAUCAGGCAGUGGAUGCUUUGGACGAAGAGUUUAUGAGAGAAUUGCGCGAGGAAAGAGAUAAAAUAGAGGAGAAUGUGAAGGCUGUUGAAGGAAAUGUGAAUGAAUUGGAGGUUAAAUUGGAGAGUUUGAAGAAGGGACCGAGCCAGAAGGAGGCAUUGGAGCAGGAGAAGGCUUUAUUGGAGAAGGACGUGACUAAGUUCCAUAUGAUUAUUGAGCAGUUGGAUGGGCAUAUGCUGGAGGUGCAAAAGAAAAUUGAGGAGAAGGAGAAGGAAUUGGAGGUAAAGGUGGCUGAGAGGAAAAGGAUCUGCGAUGAGAACGAGGAGUUGAAGAGAACCAUAGAGGAACAGGGUAUUAAUGCAAGGGAUGCAGAGAGGAUGAAGAGAGAAUUGCAGGCUGUGGAGAGGGAAAAAGAGGACGCAGAGGCUUCUAGGAAUGGUUGGGAGGAGAAGAUUUGGGAGCUUGAUUCUGAGAUCGGGCAUAAGUUCAAGGAGCUUGAGUGGUUAGCAAUCGAGUGCAACCAAGCUAUCCGGAGGUUAAAGCUUGGAAUUGGAUUUCAAUAUCAGUUGAAUGCCAAGGGGUCCACACCUGGUGAUGUACUGGGAUCAGAUUACAAAUCAAUACUGAAGCCUGCACUCACCUCAUUUGCUGAAGAAAUAAAAGCAAGUUCAGUAGAGAAAUUGGAAGAAUUGAUAUCUCUUCGGCAACAGUCCGGAGAGAACGCUGCUAAGAUUGAGGAGAAAAGAAAUCGUAUCUCUGCCUUUCAAUCCUAUAUUGACGAAGUAAGUGCUCACAUCCAUUAGAUAUUUGCAAAUGCCUCUUUUGCAUCCACGCCUCAAUUCAUUAAAAAUCAUGAGCCAUGUAACGAUCACCCACUGCAUGCUGCUUUAAACUUACCAGAUUACAUUGCAUCCUCAAUUAAUAGGUUGUCCAAUAUGAAAAUAAGUGUGUAUUGGAAGAAUCUCAAAUAAUUGAGUGAUGUGCCCCACUAUCCUCUACCACAUAGUGACAUGGAGAUAAUUGUGCAUUUUG